GAUGAGAGAGCAAACAUGUGUUUCAGCAGACAGAGAGCAGAGUCUGCAGCCUCCAGUUGUCUGUCCAUGAAGAGUGAUUUGUCCAAAGAUGAUCCUCCAGGCUUCAAUAAAGAACCUGAAUCCUCAGACACAAAAGUGAUGAAGAGAAGCGGAGUUUCUGUGGAGGAGCAGCCGUCCUGCUGUGCUCGGUGUCAGGACGUCCUGAAGGAUCCAGUCUCUACCAGCUGUGGACACUGGUUCUGCAGACAGUGCAUCAGCUCAUACUGGGACCAGUCUGCUCCAUCAGGACACUCCUCCUGUCCCCAGUGUGGAGAAAGAUCCAGAACCAGCAGCUGUGGAAAAAGUGUUGGUCUGCAGGAGGUUCUGCAGGAACAUAAGAUGAGUCUGAGGAGGAGAUGUGAACGUGUGACUGAAGGAAGUGAUGAAGCAGGAGGUGGAACCCUCCUGAACAGGAUCUACACUGAGCUCUACAUCACAGAGGGACACAGUGGAGAGGCUGAUGUCCAACAUGAGGUGGAGCAGUUGGAGACAGCUUCCAAGAAGAGCCUCCAUGACACUCCCAUCAGGUGCCAGGACAUCUUCAAAGCCUUACCUGAGCAGCAGAGAGCCAUCAGAGUGGUCCUAACCAAUGGCGUGGCUGGCGUGGGAAAAACCUUCUCAGUGCGGAAGUUCACUCUGGACUGGGCAGAGGGCCGAGAAAAUCAAGACGUCAGUGUGGUGGUGGUGCUUCCGUUCAGGGAGCUGAACUUGAUAAGAGAUGAGCAGCACAGUCUUCUCACGCUGCUCCAUGUUUUCCAUCCAACAUUACAGAAGGUGACGGCAGAGCAGCUGUCUGUCUGUAAACUUUUGUUCAUCUUUGACGGUCUGGAUGAAAGCAGACUUUCACUGGAUUUCACCAACAGGAAGGUUGUGUCUGACAUCAGCCAGAAGUCAUCGCUGGACAUUCUGCUGGUGAAUCUCAUCGAGGGGAAUCUGCUUCCCUCGGCUCUGGUCUGGAUCACUUCCCGUCCUGCGGCAGCCAAUCAGAUCCCUCCUAAACAUGUGGACAGGUUAACAGAAGUACGAGGCUUCACCGACGGCCAGAAGGAGGAGUACUUCAGGAGGAGGAUCAGUGAUGAAGAGCACUCCAACACAAUCAUCUCCCACAUGAAGACAUCCAGGAACCUCCACAUCAUGUGUCGACUCCCAGUGUUCUGCUGGAUCACUGCUGCAGUUCUGGAGCACAUGUUGACCACAGAGCAGAGAGGAGAGCUGCCCCAGAGCAUGACUGAGAUGUUCUCACACUUCCUGCUGGUUCAGACACAGAGGAAGAAGAACAAGUAUCAUGAGGGACCUGAGACGAGUCCACAGAAGUUGACGAGGGCUGACAGGGAAGUUCUUCUGAAGCUGGGGAGGCUGGCCUUUGAACAUCUGGAGAAAGGAAACAUCAUGUUCUACCAAGAAGACCUGGAGCAGUGUGGUCUGGAUGUGACAGAGGCCUCAGUGUUCUCAGGAGUUUGUACCCAGAUCUUUAGAAGAGAGUGUGUGAUGUUCCAGAAACCAGUCUACUGCUUUGUUCAUCUGAGCGUUCAGGAGUUUCUGGCUGCAGUCUACGUGUUCCACUGUUACACCAACAGGAACCAGAAGGUUUUGGAGAACUUCAUAGGACACAGUAUCAACACUCUGGAUGUGUUCCUGAUCAGAGUCAUGUAUAAAUCCUUCAGAAGUAAAAAUGGUCACCUGGACCUGUUUGUUCGCUUCCUUCAUGGCCUCUGUCUGGAGUCCAACCAGAGACUCUUAGGAGGUCUGCUGGGUCCAACAGAGACCCAUCCAAUGAUUCAGAGGCUCUUUGGAGGUCUGCUGGCUCAGACAGAGAUCCGUCCAGAAAUGAUCCAGAAAGUCAUCAACAACCUGAAGAAGAUGAAGAGUGAUGAAAUGUCUCCAGACAGAAGCAUCAACAUCUUCCACUGUCUGAUGGAGAUGAAGGAUCUCUCAGUACAUCAGGAGAUCCAAGAGUUCCUGCAGUCAGAGAACAGAUCAGAGAAGGAACUCUCUGAGAUCCACUGCUCAGCUCUGGCCUACAUGCUGCAGAUGUCAGAGGAGGUUCUGGAUGAGUUGGACCUGGACCGUUACAACACAUCAAAAGAGGGACGACUGAGACUGAUUCCAGCUGUGAGGAACUGCAGAAAGGCUCGACUUUCUGACUGUGGACUCUCAGAGAGUCACUGUGAAAUUGUGGCUUCAGCUCUGAAGUCCAACCCCUCCCAGCUGAGAGAUCUGGACCUGAGUGGAAACGACCUCAAAGAUUCACUCGUGAAACAUCUUUGUGAUGGACUGCAGAGUCCAAACUGUAAACUGGAGACUCUCAGAUGGUGGGACUGCAGGUUGUCAGAGAUCAGCUGUGAUUCUCUGGUCUCAGCUCUGAGGUCCAACCCCUCCCAUCUGGAACAUCUGGACCUCAGUCUGAAUGACCUGAAGGAUUCAGGAGUGAAACAUCUGAGUGGUUUUCUGGAGAAUCCAGACUGCAUCCUGAAGACUCUGAGAUUGGAGGACUGCAGGUUGUCAGAGAUCAGCUGUGAUUCUCUGGUCUCAGCUCUGAAGUCCAACCCCUCUCAUCUGGAACAUCUGGACCUGAGCAGCAACAACCUGAAGGAUUCAGGAGUGAAAUAUCUGAGUGGUUUUCUGGGGAAUCCAAACUGCAUCCUGAAGACUCUGGAACUAGUGGACUGCAGGUUGUCAGAGAUCAGCUGUGAUUCUCUGGUCUCAGCUCUGAAGUCCAACCCCUCCCAUCUGGAACAUCUGGACCUGAGUGAUAACAACCUGCAGGAUUCAGGAGUGAAACAUCUGUUAAAUCUUGUUGAGAGUCCAGACUGCAGCCUGAAGACUCUAAGAAUCGAUGACAGACUGUUUGAAACUUCCAGAAAAAAAGCCUGUGUGUCUGACGCUAAACUGGAGCCAAACACAGCCGACACACAGCCGGACCUUUCUGAGGAUGACCCAGAGCUGAUGAAGAUUUCAUCUAUCUUCACACCUGAAAUGCAAACAGAGUCUGGACAAAUCUCAUACAGGUUCAGGUGUACUGGCCCAAGUGUGUUCCAGUGUUCUGAGACUGGAGUGGUGUUUGAUAUGUCUCAAGAGGCGGAACUACGGUACAGGAUUGUUCAAUGGGACGAGAACCGUCUCAAACCGACUGGCAAGGAAGCUGCAGGACCGCUGUUUGACAUCCAGUGUUCUGAGGAUGCAGUCCGUCGGCUCCACUUCCCGCACUGUGAAACAAAGGAUGCGCUGAGUAUUGACGGUCUGCUGUCUGUUGUCCACUUCACCGAUGAUGGAAUAAGCAUCUUGAAGCCACUUCAGAUCACUGACACUCAUGUGGUCGUGGAGGUCGCUCACCUCUCUCUCUUCGGCCUCAUCUUGGAUCCUGUUAAAAGGUGGCUCUCACUACCAGUAAACGGCCAAGUGGUGCUGUUCCUCCGGCCUCCGAUGAGAGGGCCUCGGACGCUUGAUGUGUUUCUGCUGCAGAAGAACGUCCCUGUGUCACAGGUUGCUGCCCAACGAGGAAAUGCAGAAUACAUCGAGAUCUCAGCUGACUGUUUGUUCAGCUUUGGUCAGAGUUACAGCGUCCGCUGUGAACAGGAGGGCUUGAAAAUACAGCCCAUGCAUGCAAACUUUUGUUCACAUUUUGGACCCAAUUUCCACCCAACAUUUGAGGUUUUCCUGACUACAAAUCCAGAUUUAGUGACUUUGAUGGUCCAAGACCAAGAGGAGACAGACGUCUGGAAACGUGAUGUUUAUCUGAAAGAACCAGAAAGAGACACCGAGCAGAGAGCCCUACUACAGGACUGGCUGUUAUCAGUUCGGAGACGGCUGAUUAACGGAUUGUCAGACGUUACUGUCAACCAGCUCCUGGACAGACUCUAUGACCAGAACGUUACCAGCGAAGAAGAGAAGGACGUCAUCAGAGCACAGACCGGAGCAGAUAAAGCACGGCAGCUCAUCGACCGGAUUCAUAGAAAGGGACCUGAUGCUGUUUCAUGUCUGAAAACUGCUCUUAGUGAGGUCGAUCCAUUCCUUUUCAGAAACCUGAACCUGACGUAAGAACAAGAAAGUGUGGGGUUGAGAUGUUUACCUCCUGUAAGAGCUGGCCUUUGGUCACUCUCAUUACCUUUAAAUGACGAGCUCUGCUAUUUGAAGUCUUUGACGAUGAAACUGAUUUUGUCUGUGUAAUCCAACUAAACAUCAGAGGUGGGCAGAGUAGCCAAAAAUUGUACUCAAGUAAGAGUAACUUUACUUCAAAAUAAGAUCACUCAAUUAGAAGUAAAAAGUAAUCAUCCAAAAAAGCCCGAUUUAUUUUUCAGAAAUGAUGUGAUCAGACAGACAAAAAUGUAAGAUAAUGUGCAAAUUCUGGUAUUUCCAAAUAAUAAAAUUAAAAAAUAAAUAACAUCUUUACAAAAUGACAAGUUAAAGGCAUUAGAGGAGAUUUAAUUUCCUACGACUUUGAACGUAGCAUGCGCAUGCACACAUACAACCUCUCCCUCACCCCCCUCUAACCUCCCCCCUCUUAACAUUUACGAAGAAACGCCCCCCUCCAGAAACUUGCGUAGCACUCGUGAAGUUGUCUUUUAUGGCUGGGUCCCCCUGGAUCUUUAUCUGCCAUUAUGUAAAGAAAGAUGAUCAAAACAAGCAGCCAGCUAACUACGAAGCUAUACCAAAGCAACACAUACAGAAAACGCGUAAGUCCAAGGCGUACGUAAUCUACGUAACUAGGCCUGAGCCGGAAGAUUUUUGAUUGACAGGAAAGGGAGCAAACCAAACGCCUCGGUCCGAGCGCAUUGAUUGGCUGAUGUUUUUCCGGUCCUGCCAAGUCCACAGUUUUGUUUUUGUUUUUUUAUUCUUUUAGAGACCAUAUAUACAAGUCCACUAAAGGUCAGUAUAUUCAUUUUAUGUGAAUCAGACAAAUUAAACAAAAAAAACAUCCUCCGUAAUGCCUUUAAGGCACAAGAAACACAAAUUUCCGAAUCUCAGUUUUUCAUAACAUAAAGCUUUUUGAAACAAAUACCUACAGUAAGGUAACAUUUUUUUGUUUGAACAGUGCAAACUACUUCCAGUGACAAGAUAGACUGCAUGCUGUAUUUCACGCCCCAUCAUUCCUCUCCUCAUUCAUUGCUAUCUCAGGUGCUGCAGGUGUUUGAUUUAGAUUUUUUGGUGAAAUUGGGUUCCUGUGAAACUGAAGAUUUGUUUGUAUGUUGCACUGAUUGUAUUUAAUUGUAUGCAUUGCAGUAGCUUGAUGUUGAAGUAAAGUAACUGUGACAAAGACAAUCCUUUACAAAACUGGUGUUAGUCGGACACUUGCAGUUUUUUUUUAAUUUUUUUUUUACCACCAGUAGUGCCAUGGUGCACCCUGUAGCUACAAGUGGUAGAUCAGGAACUGAUCAGAGAAUCAAAGCAGUUCUCCAAAAGAACUGCUGGGUACCAAACAUGGGUGUAAAAACUGGAGGAAUGAAAAUGUUUUUAAAGAUUAGCUUUGAUGGUUUUUAUGUGUUUUAAUAUUAAACAAAGGUGUUAGACCUCACAGCCACACAGGAUGUGUUUUGGUCAGAAAUCCUGAAUGUAACUUUAUUUACAAGAAAACUCCACACGUCACCUUUGAUGAAAUUUUGCUGAAUUCAUGUAAAAUGUUACAAAACCCGCUCAGUUAUUGUCCAACAAUAAAAGAAGACGUGGAAAGAAGGUGUAACUUCUUAAAAAGUUCUUGUAUUCUUGUUUCUUUUUCCACUGUUUUUGUAAAUAAUAAAAGGAUUCUUGGGAUAAGAAAACUGUCUCAUUUAUUAUCUUUUGGUGUCCUGAUAUAUCUGGGUCCACAAGCAAAAUGUUUAGGGACAUUUUGGACUUAAAGUGAAAAACAAAAAUCCUUCACUGAAAGUUAUUUAUCGUUUUCCCUUAGACCUAAAAAUGCUCCUCAAUUACCAAGUUCCAGCUGCUGAACAACUUGUCUUUUUUUGUUCACUCCGAGGUUCAAAAGUAUCUCUGUUGUCUCACGAGGGAAAACUU